AAGUUGGAGAAUUUUUCAGGUCAUAACAGGAAAAUGCUGCUGAUUUUGUUCCUCAUAAUAAUUUGCUCCCAUGUUUCUGUGAACCAAGAUUCUGGCCCCGAGUUUGCAGAUGUCGUAUUUCUGGUGGACAGCUCUGAUCACCUGGGUGCGAAGUCCUUCCCUUUUGUGAAAACGUUCAUCAACAAAAUGAUCACCAGUCUCCCCAUAGAAGCCAACAAAUACCGCGUGGCCCUGGCCCAGUACAGCGACAAGCUCCACAGUGAAUUCCAGCUGAACACCUUCAAGAGCAGGAACCCCAUGCUGAACCACCUCAAGAAGAACUUCUCAUUCAUGGGCGGCCCCCUCCGCAUAGGAAACGCUCUCCAAGAGGCUCACAGGACCUAUUUUUCUGGACCCGCCAAUGGGAGAGACAAGAAGCUGUUUCCCCCGAUUUUGGUGGUCCUGGCUUCUGCCGAGUCCGAGGAUGACGUGGAAGAGGCGUCCAAGGCUCUGCGGGAUGAUGGGGUGAGGAUCAUCUCCGUGGGGCUGCAACAAGCUUCUGAGGAGAACCUGAAGGCCAUGGCCACAGCUCAGUUUCAUUUCAACCUUCGAUCCGUCAGAGACCUCAGCGCAUUUCCCCAGAACAUGACGCAGAUCAUCAAGGAUGCUGCUCAGUACAAGGAAGGAGCAGUCGAUGAUACUCUCAUCGAAGUUUGCCAAGGCCCUUCUGUGGCUGACGUUGUGUUCCUGUUGGAUGUGUCCAUCAAUGGCAGCCAGGAGAACUUGGACUAUCUUAAAGAAUUCCUAGAAGAAAGUGUCUCUGCUCUUGACAUAAAGGAAAACUGUAUGAGGAUUGCCCUUGUGACUUAUAGCAAUGAGACGAAAGUGAUAAAUUCACUGAGCAGGGGCAUCAAUAAGUCAGAGGUUCUCCAGGAUAUACAGAAGCUCUCUCCCCAAGCUGGGGAGGCCUACACUGGAGCUGCCAUUGGAAAGAUCAGGAACGAAGUCUUCAGGGCACAGAAUGGCAGUCGGAAGAAUCAGGGAGUGCCCCAGAUUGCUGUGCUGGUGACCCACCGACCAUCGCAAGACAAUGUGACCGAGGCAGCCGUUGACCUCCGGCGCCAGGGCGUGACCAUCUUCACCAUGGGCAUAGAGGGGGCCAGUGAUACCCAGCUGCAAAAGAUAGCAUCACACCCCACUGAGCAGUACGUCUCCAAACUGAAGACCUUCUCCGACCUGGCUGCUCACAACCAGACCUUUCUGAAGAAGCUGCGAAAGCAAAUAACACACACAGUCUCUGUCUCUUCAGAACGGACUGAAACUCUCAAAUCUGGUUGUGUGGACACUGAAGAAGCAGACAUCUACCUGCUCAUUGAUGGCUCUGGGAGCAUUCAGGCCACAGACUUCCAAGAAAUGAAGACCUUCCUGUCACAGGUUGUAAAGAUGUUCAACAUUGCUCCUGAUAAGGUGCGGGUUGGGGCCGUUCAGUAUGCUGACAGCUGGGACUUGGAAUUUGACAUCAGUAAAUACACUAACAAGCAGGAUUUGGUAAAGGCCAUUGAGAACAUCAGGCAGAAGGGUGGGAGUACCAACACAGGUGCAGCCCUGAAUUUCACGCUGGGGCUGUUGCAAAAAGCAAAGAAGCAGCGAGGCAACAGAGUGCCACGUCAUCUUGUUGUCCUGACCGAUGGCAAGUCCCAGGAUAGCGUCUUGGAGCCUGCGAACAGACUGAGAGAAGAGUUCAUCCGUGUUUAUGCCAUCGGGGUCAAGGAGGCCAACCAAUCCCAGCUGCAAGAAAUUGCUGGCGAGGAGAAGAGGGUGUACUAUGUGCAUGACUUUGAUGCUUUGAAAGACAUAAGAAACAAAGUGGUUCAAGAAAUCUGUACUGAAGAAGCCUGCAAAGAGAUGAAAGCUGACAUCAUGUUUCUGGUGGACAGUUCUGGCAGUAUAGGAUCUGAAAACUUCCGCAAAAUGAAAACAUUUAUGAAAAACCUGGUGAACAAAUCUCAGAUUGGGGCAGAUCGGGUGCAAAUCGGUGUAGUCCAGUUCAGCGACAUCAGUAAGGAAGAGUUUCAGCUCAACAAAUAUAUGUUCCAAAGUGAGAUUUCAGAUGCAAUAGACCAAAUGGAUCCCAUUGAACAAAACACAUUGACUGGUAAUGCCCUGACCUUUGUGUCUCAGUACUUCAGCCCCACCAAGGGGGCCCGGCCCAACGUCAGGAAGUUUCUCAUCCUCAUCACGGAUGGUGAAGCUCAAGACAUAGUCAAGGACCCAGCAGUAGCACUUCGGCAACAAGGCAUAAUUAUCUACUCUGUGGGGGUGUUUGGCUCCAAUGUCACCCAGCUUGAGGAGAUCAGCGGGAGGCCGGAGAUGGUUUUUUAUGUUGAGAAUUUUGACAUUCUGCAGCGCAUUGAAGAUGAUCUUGUCUUUGGAAUAUGCAGCCCCCAUGAAGGUAGGCCUGGUCGCCUGCACCAGGGGGUCCCCCAAGUCCUCAUUGUGAUCACCGAUGGGGAAUCCGAUGAUGUGAAAGAUCUCAAUGCUACAGCCAAGGCCUUGCGAGACAAAGGCAUUCUAGUCCUGGCUGUGGGGAUCGCUGGUGCUAAUCCUGUGGAGCUGCUGGCCAUGGCAGGAUCGAGUGACAAGUACUUCUUCGUGGAAACUUUUGGAGGCCUGAAAGAGAUAUUUUCAAAUGUGUCAGCCAGUGUGUGUAGCUCUUCACAAGUAGAUUGUUUUGUGGACGUUGUGGUAGGAUUUGACAUCUCAACUCAGCGGAAUGGGCAGAUUUUGCUUGAUGGUCAGCCCUGGAUGGAAACCUACCUUCAAGACAUCUUACGUGCCAUCAGCUCCCUCAAUGGGGUUAGCUGUAAGGUGGGCAAAGACACUCAGGUUAGCAUAGCUUUUCAAGUAACCAAUGCCAUGGAAAAAUAUUCCCCCAAAUUUGAGAUCUACAGUGAUAAUAUUCUGGACAGUUUGAAUGAUAUAACAGUUCAAGGACCAUCUCUUCUCAAUGCAAACUUCUUGAGUUCCCUGUGGGAUGCAUUUCAAAAUAAAUCGGCUGCUCGUGGAAAGGUGGUUCUCUUAUUUUCAGAUGGAUUGGAUGAUGAUAUUGAAAAACUUGAACAAAAAUCUGAUGAACUUAGAAAAGAAGAUGCUACUAUGCCCCACCCAGACUCCCCCUUCCAGCCAGGUUCCCGCAUCCUCCAGCUGUUGAGUCCCCCUUCACUGAUUAAUUGCCCUUGGUCAAUGAGAGCUACCUCACCUGAAAGCACCAACUCAAGUGAUAAGGCUGAGCUUCCCUACAUUGAAUUUGGGAGAGGAUUUGAAUACAGAACCCAGCUCACUGUUGGAAUGAGAGAUCUUGGGAGCAGACUGUCAAAGCAUCUGGGAGACAGAGGAGCCGCUGGACCAGUGGGAGAGCAAGGUAUUAAGGGAUGCGCUGGUGCCAGAGGUCCUAAGGGAAUCAGGGGACUAAAUGGACAGGAGGGAGAAGGUGGAGAAAACGGAGUUGAUGGAUUAAAUGGAAUACAGGGUGACAAUGGUCUUCCUGGAAGAAAAGGAGAAAAGGGUGAUGAAGGAUCCCAGGGAAGCCCAGGAAAGAAAGGGAUUCCUGGUGACCAUGGAGCAAAGGGGCUACGAGGAGACCCUGGAGUUCCUGGAUUUGACAAUACCAUUGAGGGACCCAAGGGCUUGAAAGGAGAACCUGGAAGACAAGGUAGAAGAGGCUGGCCAGGCCCCCCUGGAACACCAGGCUCCAGAAGACACACAGCAGUUCAUGGCCGAAGGGGACAUACAGGCCCAGAGGGGAUAGCAGGCAUCCCAGGCCCGGAUGGACUUGAAGGCUCACUGGGACUUAAGGGUCCUCAGGGCCCAAGAGGAGAGACUGGUGUGAAAGGAGAAAAUGGAGGCCUGGGAAGUAGAGGUCCCCAGGGGCCUCCAGGACCAGAAGGAAAGACAGGGAGUCAAGGCCGUUUGGGAAGCCAAGGAAAUAAAGGAGAGCCUGGAGAUCUGGGAGAAAAAGGAGCUAUGGGCCUUCCUGGUCCUCGAGGCUUGCCGGGUGAUGAUGGCAACCCAGGUUAUGGGAACAUCGGAAGUAAAGGAGCAAACGGACAAGAAGGAUUCCCUGGAGAAAGUGGACCUAAGGGUGAAAUUGGGGACCCUGGUGAUCCAGGAGAAACUGGACCCAAGGGAGCCAGAGGCCAGACGGUAUCCGUUGGGCUUCCAGGAGAACCUGGAUCCCCAGGGGAGCUGGGACCUCCUGGACACAAGGGUGUGAAAGGGGCCAGCGGACAGGCUUCAUUUUCUAUAUGUGAGCUCAUUCAGUAUGUGCGGGACCACAGUCCUUGCGGACAUGGAAAACCUGAAUGUCCCGUGUAUCCAACCGAGCUGGUAUUUGCCAUCGACCAGUCCCAGGGUGUGACGGAGCAGGAAUUUGAGCAGAUGAAGAAGAUGAUGUCUUCCCUCGUGAGCAGCAUCCGAGUCCGGGAGAACAGCUGCCCGGUGGGAGCGCGCAUUGCCAUCCUCUCCUAUAACUCCCAUGCCAGGCACCUCAUCCGCUUCUCAGACGCCUACAAGAAGAAACGGCUCCUCAAGGAAAUCGAAGCUAUUCCUUACGAGAGAUCCUCAGACAGCAGGGAGAUUGGCAAAGCCAUGAGAUUUAUUUCCAGGAAUGUCUUCAAGCGAACUCUCCCAGGGGCUCACACAAGAAGAAUUGCCACAUUUUUCAGCAGCGGUCAAUCUGCGGAUGCCCAGUCCAUCACCACUGCCACCAUGGAAUUCAGCGCCCUGGACAUCACUCCCGUGGUGAUCGCUUUCAGCAACGUGCCCUCCAUCAAUCGUGCGUUUACGCCCUACGUGACUUUUUGGUCUGCAGAUGUAUGCAAGCCGGAUGCUUCCUGUAGUCAAGCCAGACCACCCUCUGUGCAGUCUUACAUGGACGCUGCUUUCCUUCUGGAUGGCUCCCGGCAUGUGGGAAGUGCUGAAUUUGAAGACAUAAGAGGCUUCCUGGGAGCCCUGUUAGAUCACUUUGAAAUCACACCAGAGCCUGAGACCUCUGUCACUGGAGACAGGGUGGCCCUGUUAAGCCAUGCUCCCCCCAACUUCCUACCCAACACUCAGAGGAGUCCCGUUAGAGCUGAGUUCAAUCUUACCACCUACAGUAGUAAACGCCUCAUGAAGAGGCACGUGGAGGAAUCAGUUCAACAACUAAAUGGGAACGCUUUUAUCGGUCAUGCCUUACAGUGGACUGUGGACAAUGUCUUUUUAAGUGCGCCCAAUCUGAGAAGAAACAAAGUCAUAUUUGUGAUCUCUGCUGGGGAAACCAGUCACUUGGACAGGGAAACCUUAAAGAAACAGUCUUUGAGAGCCAAAUGUCAAGGUUAUGCCCUAUUUGUGUUUUCCUUUGGCCCUACUUGGAAUGACAAGGAACUGGAGGAUCUAGCCAGCCACCCUUUGGAUCAGCACCUGGUCCAGCUUGGCCGAAUUCAUAAACCUGACCAUAGAUUUGGUGUGAAGUUCGUGAAAUCCUUUAUAAACUCAAUCAGGCAUGCCAUCAACAGAUAUCCACCAAUAAAUUUCCAAACAAAGUGCAGUAGACUCAGCUCUAGAAGUCCAAAGCAGCCCCUACAAGAGUUGCGAAGCUUUGUUCCUGGACCACGUACAGCUGUCCUCAAAGGUGCAUUACAGAGGGCAAAAUUCUUUCAAGAUAAAAAAUAUGUUUCAAGAGUAGCAAGAGGCAGCAGAGAUAAUACUGUUCGAAAUUUUACUAGAUACACAUCCCAUACCUUUAAAAAUGGGAAAAAGGUGAUAAAAACUGUUCCCAAAUGACACGAUAAAGAAAGUGCUCGGAGAAUUUAG